UCCGAGGGAGCGCGCCAAACCCUCGGGGGUCUCUGGACAAGCUCCCCGGCCCUUGGAGGUCCGCCCCUUCUGCGUCCCAGACGCGGCUCCGACGGCUCCCGGGCUCAUCUUCAGGCUCCUCGGCUCUGACCGCAGCGCCAGUCGCCCCGCGGCUCUUCGCCUGGUGUCCGGGGGCCGUGCGGGGGCGGCGCCGGCAGGGGCGCCUCACCCCGGGCCGGCGGCGGUAAUGCUGUUGCGGUUACCGCCCUUGCGGCCGUGCGGACAGCUGGCGGUGGCAGAAGCCGGAGCCGGAGCGCGCUCGCCGCUGGCCGAGACGCCGCCCUCGCUUGCGCUCUGCUCCCGCGGCCGCCGCGGGAAGCCGGGGCCCCGCGCGGCAUGAGGAGGAGGCUGUGCGCCGGCGAGCGCCUAGCUCCUCGGCCCCCAGGGCCCCCUCGGGCCCCCGCGCAUCGCGCGCGCAGGCUGCGGCCCCGGCGUCCACGCUAGCCCCGCACAGGCACGAGACGCCUCGGCCGGGAGAAGGAGGCGGUGCGGGCCUGCGGAGUGCGGGCGGCCAGGACCUUGAGUGCCGGGGCUUCGCGACUUGGACCUUGGCGGGCGCAGGCAGCUGGAGCCGCGGGGGAGCCCAGCGUGCUGCAGUCGGCGGGCCCUCUCCGCAGGGGCGCCGCGGUGCGCAGCCCGCGCCUCUCCCCACCUGCAGUCCCUCCUCCCGCCGCUGCCAGGCCGAUCGAAAGCGCGUCCUAGCCCUUCCACGGCCUCCUCGGGUCCUUAGGUCCCCGGGCCCCCCGCCCCGCGUCCCCUCUCCCCUGCCCCCUCCCUCGGCGUCCUCCGGCUCUUCCCCUCCCCCGACUCCCCAGCCUCCCAUUCAUUCCACUCGCUCCCUCCUCUCUUCUCCCCGCUCGGGCCCUCUGUCCCCAGAGCCUCCGGGCACGGACCCCGCUGCAGUCUCGGGGUUUGUUUUUUUUUUUAGCACAUUCAUGGAAGUUUAGGGCCUGGACGGUGCCCCCAAGUCCGGCCUAAGAGUGCAGCCUGAGCUGCUGGCCGGGAAGAGGAAGAUGUCUGUGCUCAGGCGGAUGAUGCGGGUCUCCAAUCGCUCCCUCCUCGCCUUCAUCUUCUUCUUCUCCCUCUCCUCGUCUUGCCUCUACUUCAUCUAUGUGGCUCCGGGUAUCGCCAACACAUAUCUCUUUAUGGUACAAGCUCGAGGAAUAAUGUUGAGAGAAAAUGUGAAAACAAUAGGACAUAUGAUCAGGCUGUACACAAAUAAAAACACUACGCUCAAUGGUACAGAUUAUCCCGAAGGCAAUAAUUCAAGUGAUUAUCUUGUUCAAACAACAACGUUUCUUCCGGAAAACUUCACAUACUCGCCAUACCUCCCCUGCCCAGAAAAACUGCCUUACAUGCGGGGAUUCCUCAACGUCAAUGUUAGUGAGGUCAGUUUCCAUGAAAUUCGUCAACUCUUCUCCAAGGAUUUAGAUAUUGAGCCCGGAGGUCACUGGAGGCCUAAAGACUGUAAACCCAGAUGGAAGGUGGCCGUUCUCAUUCCUUUCCGUAACCGCCAUGAACAUCUUCCAAUUUUUUUCUUGCAUCUGAUUCCAAUGCUUCAAAAACAGCGGCUGGAAUUUGCCUUUUAUGUCAUUGAACAGACUGGUACGCAGCCUUUUAACCGUGCAAUGCUCUUCAAUGUGGGCUUCAAAGAGGCCAUGAAAGACAGUGUCUGGGACUGUGUAAUCUUCCAUGAUGUGGAUCAUCUACCUGAAAAUGACCGCAACUAUUAUGGAUGUGGAGAAAUGCCACGUCAUUUUGCAGCAAAGCUGGAUAAAUACAUGUAUAUUCUUCCAUAUAAAGAGUUUUUUGGUGGUGUAAGUGGACUGACAGUGGAACAGUUCAGAAAGAUCAAUGGUUUUCCUAAUGCCUUCUGGGGAUGGGGAGGAGAAGACGAUGACCUUUGGAAUAGAGUUCACUAUGCUGGAUAUAAUGUAACCAGACCAGAGGGAGACUUGGGAAAAUACAAGUCUAUUCCUCAUCACCAUCGAGGGGAAGUCCAGUUCUUAGGACGGUAUAAAUUGCUAAGAUACUCAAAAGAGCGCCAGUACAUUGAUGGGUUGAACAAUUUAAUAUACACACCAAAAAUACUGGUUGAUAGGUUGUACACAAAUAUAUCUGUAAACCUCAUGCCAGAGUUAGCUCCCAUCGAAGACUAUUAAAAGUAGCAGCUCUCAUGGCAGGAGAGACCACAGUGCUGGAUCUGGAGCUUGGAGGGCACUCUUAGUGGGAGUCAGUGAGUGGACGUGUCCCAGUGCCCUGGGCGGUGAGAAGAGCCUGCGUUCUCAGUGUUUACUUGUGUGAUUGUAUACAGUCAGCCUUCUUCCACCCACCUGCUCUUAGACUCAUUCCCUUCGGCGAGCCCUGCAGAGACUGGAUGCCCCGGCUUAAGUCUGGAGGUGAAGAGAGCUCCUUAGAAAGAGAAAAUUUUUAUACUGAAAUCUAUAAUUUAAUUCAAGAGAAUGCUUUAUUUCCGUUCCAACAUAUUUUGUACAUAUGUGCUGUAAAUUAGUGUGUUCACAUUGUUGAAAAAUAAGAUGUGUUGCAGUUUUGCAUGUAAUGGGUUAUGCCUUUAUGGGAUUUUUAUAAACACUUUUUUAUUUGCAUGGAAUAAAACAGCAUCAGUUUAUGUCACUAAACAAAGGUUAACCUUGUGUGAAAUGAAGGAACUGUCAGUAAUUGACAGCCAUCUAGUAUAGUGCACUGUUACACUAGUUCUGAGCUUUAGACCUUCAGCUUUUUGUGUGGAAGAAGUCACAGCUUCCUUAGGGUUUUAAAGGGUAAGAAGAAAGGGUUUAAACAGCUUUUCUUCCUACCAGGAUUACCUAUUUUUUUCCCCUUGCUAGCAAUCUCAUCAGAUUUUGCUAAGUCACAACCAUAUUGUUUACGCAUAUUGCAUGAGUAUUACCCAGAAAAUCUUAAAAGUUGUGAUGUGACAUGGUAUAAAGGACCUGUAUGUUAAAUGUCUCUCAUGUACCUCUGGUGUAGGUGUCAGGGAUUUUGUGCCUCAAAAAAUGUUCCCAAGGUUGCGUGUGGUUGUACACUGUAUUUUUUUUAAUUCAUAGCGAGUAGCACUUUUUUUUUAUUUCAUGUUCCGAAGAACCAAAAAUAUCUUCAUUUAAAAAAAGUCAAAACAGUUUUUUUAAAAGAAUGUGUUAUGGAAGACCCAGUAGUACUUAUAAUAUACAAAUAAAUUAUACUAUUAGAUAAGAAAUUAAAUGUUCUAUUUUUAUGAAGAUAAAUGCUUAGUAGGUGAAAAAGCAAAUUUUAAUUAUCAGACUCAGAAUUUCAAGUUUGGAAGGGAUACUUUUUAAUGUCAGCCAAUUUUAUUCAAACUACAUGUACUUUUUUCACUUUUAAUAAAUUGUAUCUCUGGUGUUAAUAAAACUUCCUCGCUAAAAGUAUAAAUUAAUAGGAUUAUAUUAAAAUACAUGAUCAGGUAUUUAAAUUCUUUGAUGUUAAGACUCUUCUCUAAAAACUGCCUGACAUCAAGUAUAAUACUUAAUCUUGAAUUUGGAUGAAAAUUUCAUAGCAAAAUCAAAUUAACUUUGAAUCAAAUUGACUUCGAAAAUUAUCAAUUAUGGUUAGCCAAAGAGUCUUUAAAUUUCUUAAGAUACUUUCACAAAUUUAAAACAAAAAAUUGUAUAUCUGUAAAGUGACUCUUCAACAACGAGGGGCAGUAUGGAUAGAUUAUUCACCUAACACAGAAACAUGGUUAUUUAUCUCUCAGGUUGUAAGUUUAAUUUUGGAGUUAUCAUUUUCUAUGGAAAAUACUGGUAACACAAACCACACCAAAUAUUGGUAACAGAAACCACAAACCAAAUCUUAAAAUAAUGGAAAUUCGUAUACUUUGAGAAAACUGAUAGCUCUCUAUUAUGAUACCAAACAAUUUUGUACAUUUAUUUCUUAGAAAUAUUUCCAAAAUAUUUGUUUUUCAUUUUUUUCUUUGGGCCAGUUCUCAAAAUAAUGAAAGUUCAAGCUGUCUGAAAAGCAAGAUAUUUGUUCUUAAAUUGUGUAUCUACACAUUUUCUGUCUCUCAUAGCCAAUGUAGUUUUUUAAUUUGACAAAAUGAAAGUAGAUUGGGAAAGUUUACACUUGAUCACUAACAAGCUAGUAGGGGCAUAGGAGCAUAAUUAACCCAAUAAUACUUAAAUAUUUUAGUUGGGGAAAUUAGGGCUGUUUCUUAGUAGGAAAACAUAUUUUUUUCUCUUUAAUAUGGAUCUGCCCACAUUUUUGAAUCUUCUCAUUUUGAUAAACGUUUUACAGGUUCAAGAGAACUCAGUUCUACUAGUGUAGCUGCCUUAUUUUCUUGGAUUAAGUCUAGUAGUAUUUUUUGUUUUAGGAGUGGGCCAUGAAUAUUCUUCUUUUUUCAGUUUUGGAUGUGGUAUAUCACCCUAUGAAAACCAUCUUACUCAUUUGCUUUUUUAUUUUUGUUUUGCUUUUUAAGUGCAGACCUCAGAUUGAUUCUGCCUAUAAAUAGUAACUUUUACAUGUUUGCCUAUAAGUGGCAGAGCUUUGCUAAGUUAUGUUCAUUGUAUGAAAAUAAUUAUCACAUAAAAAUUAACAAAUACAUUGCAAAUGCAAUCUCUAUGGUUUGUGGAGUUAUUAGUGAACACGCAGUGAUUGUCUAUUCUAUCAGGUGCAAUGCUAGGUAUGUCUACAGGAAAAUAUUUUUUUAUUUCUACAAAUAUCAAGUUGAACCCUUUCUGAAAUUAUGAAAACCUCCUCUGAUAAGUUAUCUGUUGUAUUUCUUAGUUUACAGUCAAGAAACAUAUAUUAUAUCUAUAUGGACAUAGUUAUGAGUUCCCUACGGCACUACUGGGAAAGUUAUAUCGUGCCUUUCAACUUGAGAAAGUAGUAAUGAUUAGUGGGCCUGUUGGUGGAAGAGGAAAGGGAAAAAUGUACAAAUCUGCUGUAACAUUAUGUCUCAUUUACAGUGGAGAUGGCCAUUUAAGUCCUUGCCAAAACUGGGGUUUAAUGAAUAUUUUUUUGAGCCUAAAUAUAAAUUUCCGUUUGUAUUUUGUGAAAAGGUGUUCAGUAAGAGAAUCUUAUUUGCAAUAUUAUGUAAAUACAAUAUGAUCUAUUAAAAACAUGCUUAUCCUCCUUUCCCAGCCAAAAUAUCGAUGUCCAUUUUAAAACAAAAUGGAAACUAUCCAAUACAAUAUUCUCCUUUGGGAGGCUCUGUACAAGUGAAAGCAGAUUUUGUGUCAUUUUCUUUGGCUUUUGCUUGUCUCUUAUAUUUCUUUGUGUACCUUCAAACAAAUACUGGUACUCUAGAUUUGUUACCUUGUAUUUGCAAAUAUGCCAGUGAGAGAACUAAAAUGGUCAUAGUGUUUAUUAGAAAGAGAAAGUGUACUUAAGAUUAUUUUAUUUAUUAAGAUCUCAAAGGCUUCUAUAUAAAUGCACUGAAAUAAAUACUAGUAAUUUCUUGUACUCAUUUUUUUUUUUUUGCUUCUCAUGGAAAUGUUUGUACUUUUUUAUCAUUGUCUUUUAUGAAAUAUAAUGUUCUAAAGACCUUG